UGAUUCUAUUCCAUUGAGCAUUCACAACGUUAUCCUCUUUCUCUUCUCUGUGGUUUCCUUCCUAUAUCCCACCAUUACCAAACGCGCAAACACACAUACAUAUGAUAUAUUCUCAGAUGCUGCUGCUGCUUUCUGCUUCCUUUUUCUAAUUUCAUUCUCCCCAUGCCUUUGAUUGAGAUAAGAAAUGCACAUUUACUGACGGCUCCAUUGCCAUAUUACUAUCAUGUCAAACACUCUCAAAUUUCCGGCUGGAAUUGGAAUUUAUUUCGAAAACACAAGUUCAACGUUCCACGCCCUAGGUUACCCUUCCUCAUCAAAGCCGUCGCCGCCGCCGCCACCACCAUUGUUCAACCGCACAAUCACCAACCCGGAAUUAUGCUCGAUUUAUCUGAAAAACCAGUCGACGAGAGGGAGAAGUUGAGAAGAUCGAGGAUUUCUAAAGCUAAUAAAGGAAACACUCCAUGGAACAAAGGAAGAAAACAUUCUCCCGAAACUUUGCACAAGAUCAAGGAAAGAACACGCAUCGCAAUGCAGAAUCCUAAGAUCAAAAUGAAGUUAACUAAUCUUGGACAUGCGCAAACUAAAGAAACAAGACUCAAGAUUGGUCUUGGAGUCAGAAAGCUAUGGGAAAAGAGGCGUGGAUGGAAGAUGGCACAGGCGACUUGCUGCUUUGAGUGGCAAAAUUUAAUUGCAGAAGCAUCCAGGCAAGGCUUUAUUGGUCAGGAAGAGCUGCAAUGGAAUUCCUAUGAAACGUUGGAUGAUCAGCUUAAGCGGGACUGGUUCCAGACUCUUGAACAGAGGAAACUAAUGGCAAGGGGACCACCAUGCAACAGAGCACCCAAGUCCCCUGAACAGAAAAAGAAAAUUGCACAAGCCAUUGCUGCAAAAUGGGCCGAUCCCGAUUACCGUGAAAGAGUUGUCUCUGCAUUGGCCAAGUAUCAUCUUUCUGCUGAAAAGAAACCUAGAGCAAGGCCAAUUUAUAGUGCACAAACCCCCAGGAAGAAGAAACCCAUUGCAAAAAAAGAUUCUGAUAAUAGCAUUCUUGUAAAGAGUUCCUCCAAAAUUGUUCAGCCGAUCAAGUUGAGAAAAACAAAAUCCCCUGCCUAUAAGGAUCCUUUGGUGAAUUCCAAGCUUGAGAUGAUAAAGAACAUUAGAGCGCAGAGAGCUUCCGUGGAUACCAGACAAACUCAGGCCAUUCAACAAGCAAGACUAUUGAUUGCUGAAGCUGAGAAAGCUGCCAAGGCACUUGAGGUUGCUGCGGCAACAAGUCCUAUUGCUCGGUCUUCUCUAAUAGAAACAAGAAAGCUUAUAGCUGAAGCUAUUGAAUCACUUGAAUCUAUUGAUACACAAAAGACAGACGACUGUAAUGUCCCUUUGGAGGUCAAUAAGGAAAACGAAUCAACAUUUGAAGUUGGAAACCAUUCACAAAUGAGUCGUGUAAACGGACACACAACAGUUUACAAGUUGGCUGAAGAUUUUGGUUAUCUUUCUCUGGGGAGGCCAGUGAAUGGUGAUCCAGAACUUCACCUAACCAAUGGUUGUGCCUUCUUACCUUUCAGUUUGAAUAGCCAGAUAAACCAAUAUAGGUCAUCCAAUCAGGAAAAGGAAACAGAUGAUUCUCCAACGGAAGAUGAAACACAAUCAAGAUCAACUAUAGCAACAAAAAAGUGGGUUCGCGGAAGGCUUGUUGAAGUGAGUGAAGAGAAACAGUAAAAUGUUUUCAAACAUGUUAUAUAGAUCACCCCAAUUGUCCUUGUUUAACAGAGUGAUCAACCAAAACCAAAUGAUUUAUCAGCCAACCAAGUGUAGGCAGAUAGAGAGAUGGAGAGUAAAAUAGCAUUAUAGCUAAAGAGAGAAUGUACUUAAGUUAGUUUAUAGAAUCAUCUACUUCAUUUGAUCUUGUUACAUUAAACUAUGAAUUAAUUAAUCAUAUUAUUAUGUUACAUUUA